CACGAAUCCGCCUGCAAUUAGCAAGACGUUCUGGAAUUGGCAGCACAGCACCAGCACCGCAGUAUGUGGUCGACUGCAACCGUCUUAUUUUUUUGCUGCGUUCCGAUUCUCAUCGGCAAAGCGCGCGCCGAAAGGCAUUGCUAUGGCGAGCUCGGUUGCAUGGAGAUGGGCGGCGCUUUCUACGAUCCCGCGCACCGUCCCUUGAACCUGGUUCCGGCGGACCGGCACGUGGUGAACACCAGGUUCCUCCUGCACAACCGACGCAUCGAGCCGGGCCACAUGGUACUCCUGUGGAACUCCUCCGUGGAAACGAUUAGCGCCGCGCCUUUCAUGAGCUCCCGGGAGACUAAGUUCCUCGUGCACGGCUACCUGGACAGGCUGUCCGUCGCCGCCUGGUUGUCAGAUAUGAAGGACGCCUACCUGAAGCAGGCAGACGUCAACGUGAUCAUCGUCGACUGGGCCAAGGCCAACGCUGGCAUCUACGAACGCGCGUGCGCCAACGCCAGGAUCGUCGGGGCCGAGCUCGCGCUCUUCAUCCGCAAGCUGAGGGAGGCGUUCGGCGCCGACCCGAGGUCGAUGCACAUAAUCGGCCACAGCUUGGGCGCCCACGUUGCCGGUUACGCGGGCGCCAACACCACCAACCUCGGGAGAAUCACGGCCCUGGAUCCUGCUGAACCGAACUUCCAGAAGAUGCCUCCCGAAGUACGCCUGGACCCCACAGACGCCGAGUUCGUGGACGCAAUCCACACAGAUUCUCAUCCGUAUCUCACCAAGUUGUGGCGCAGCGAAGGCAUGGGAAUGUGGGACCCCGUCGGCCACGUCGAUUUCUACCCUAACGGCGGCGAGUACAUGCCAGGCUGCGAGAGCGUGAACCGAGUCUGGAAGAUAUUCACUCACGGCCUCAUCAAAGGUGUCCGCGACGUCCUCAGCUGCAACCACCAGCGCGCCAUCAAGUACAUGCUGGAGUCGAUCUCGAACCAGGACUGCCUGCCGCUCGCCUAUGAGUGCCCUUCCAUCGAGGCGUACGAAUCGGGACAAUGCUCCGAUUGCGGCGCGGAUGGCUCAAAGUGCGCAGCCAUGGGUGAGCGCGCUGUGGAGUGGAAACGCUUCAAGAAGAACGAGCCGACGCGAAUGUUCACCGUCACCAACGCUCACAGCAAGUUCUGCGCGUUCCAGUAUGCAGUUACGCUAACUACUGGCAAAAAAGUACAAUAUGCCAACGGCAGGGGCGUCGUUUUCCUGCGAGAAGAAGGCCAAGGCGCGAGCAUUCACGUCAACAAAGAGCCAAUCGAUUUCCAUCCACAUCGAAACUACACAUUCUUGGUUUCGUCGUCAACCCCAAUAACCGAACACAGUAGGCUGUUCAUGGAAUACAGGACGACCCAAUUACUGUUCAGCUACAACAUUCCCAUGAUUCAAGUCUCCAUUCGACCGAUGACGUCACCAUUUACGGAAAGCGAAGCUCUAGAGAAAACAUUCCGCAAGUGCUCGGCGUGGAACCCUGCAGGAAUCGCAACACACAUCCCUGUGGCAUUAAAUGAUUGCCACAAAUUUAGAAGUUCAUUCGACGUUUCACAACCUCACCUGGGCCGCACGUCGGAAGUGCAGCACUACAUUGACACCGGUUCACAUCAGCCGUUACGUCAACGACCAUAUCGCGUCUCUGCCGAAGAGCGUCGUGUCAUUACCACCCAAGUCGAAGAUAUGCUGCGCCGUGAUGUUAUUCAACCUUCGCACAGUCCCUGGGCAUCUCCUGUCGUUCUCGUUCGCAAGAAGGACAGGUCUAUUCGCUUUUGCGUCGACUACCGUCGGUUAAAUAAGUUUUGGAAACGCGUCAUGCAUCGGCAUCGAGGAGCCGCUCUGUGCACACUGCUAGCGUUUGCCGCCACCCUACAUCGCACGGUUGAAGAAAGCUCGUCUGAGCAACCUCAGGUCAAAGACAAGUCUUGGCGAUGUUACGACGAUCUGGGCUGCAUCAGCGUCGGCGGCGUGUUCUACCACCCGCUGUACCGGCCCAUGAACUUCUUUCCAGAGGAACGCAAGGUGGUAAACACGGAGUUUCUGGUGUUCACACGCCAGAACCCGACGCAGGAAGAUUUCCUCACAUGGAACUCCACCGUGGAAGAGAUCAGCCGCAGCCACUUCAACGCAAGCCUGCCGACCAAGAUAAUCACGCAUGGUUGGCUUGAUACCAUUUUCUUCGGAUCGUGGCUCAAGGACAUGAAAACAGCCUUCCUACUGGUCGGAGACUACAACAUCAUCAUCGUCGAUUGGCGAGGGGGCAACGGCCUUCCGUACACGCAGGCUACAGCCAACACGAGACUGGUGGGAGCCGAAAUCGCCGUGUUCAUCAAGAAACUUCAGGCCCUCUUCGGUGCAAAACCCGAAUCGUUCCACAUACUCGGCCACAGCCUGGGUGCCCACGUUGCCGGCUAUGCCGGUGAACGAAUACCUAGUCUCGGACGAAUCACAGGUCUGGACCCAGCCGAGCCGUACUUCCAGAAGAUGCCGAAGGAAGUCCGCCUUGAUCCUACAGACGCCGAGUUCGUAGAUGUCGUCCAUACCGACGGCGCCUCGUUUGUCCUCGACAUACUGAAAGGAGAAGGGCUCGGAAUGUACGAUCCAGCGGGUCACGUGGACUUCUAUCCCAACGGAGGCAUCAAGAUGCCCGGAUGCGAGUUCAGUACGAGAGUGUUCAAGUUCGUCACAGAAGGUCUGGUCAAUGGUGCUCGCGCCAUCGGCAUUUGCCACCACCAGAGGGCGAUCGACUACGUCAUCGAGUCCAUCACCGACGCGCACUGCCCGUCGCUGGCGUUCGCCUGCUCCUCGUACGAGAUGUUCGAGAAGGGCCGCUGCUCGGACUGCGGCCGCGACGGCUCCAAGUGCGCGCGCAUGGGCAUGCACUCCGACGGCUGGAAGCGCUUCAAGAACGACAGCCGCUCGGUGCGCAUGUUCACCGCGACGAACAGGGAGCCCCCGUUCUGCCUAUUCCACUACCUGGUGAACGUCGAGAUGUUCAACAAUCCGGGCGCUUCCGCUGCAAGCGGUGACUUGAUUCUCAAUCUCGAAGGAACGAGGAAUAGUUGCGAUAUGAAAGUCAACAGAGGCACUGUCACGCUGUACCCGAAGGGUAAGUACAGCUUCGUGGCUAAGACGCCGGUACACGUCGGAGACAUCAAGAAAGCAUUCAUCACGUACAAGAGCAACAGUCUACUCAGCAUUUUCUCAGCCAAGAUGCACCUGUGGAAAGUCAAAAUCAUGUCCAUGAACAAGCCAACGAGCAGGCAGCAAAGAACAGAACGAACGAUGGUUUUCUGCUCCACAGCUCUGGGCGGACUGACUUCCGGGAGGCUAACAGCCCUGUCGCCGUGCUGAGAUUCCAAUAAUUUAUUGAAACGCAAUUCUCUAUGCAUUUUCUCCUGCUGCCCAUCGCUGUUCGUCUUAUGAGAGCGGUUCACCCAGUUCAACCAUCACUGCAGCACUCGUCACAUUAACAUGGACCUCCUGUUCGACGACAGUCAAUAAAUGCGGCAGUAUCGUCCGUUUGUUUAUG